UUUUUUCAAUAUGCAUCUGUCAAAGAUCAAAGAUUCAACCAAAUAAUCAAAGGAGUAAGUGUUAAUACACAUGCCAAGAAAAUUAAUAAAUUUUCUUACUUUUCUCAGUUGUCUUUUUCACAAGAACAAAUUGUUGAGCUGGCUUUCGGUCUGGAAUCGAGUAAUCAGAAAUUCUUAUGGGUUGUAAGAGCACCAAAUAGUAGUUCAUCUAGUGCAGCAUACUUUUCAGUUUCAGCACAAAAUGAUGUUGACCCUUUGCAAUUUUUACCAUGUGGGUUCAUAGAGAGAACCAAGGAUCAAGGGAUGGUUAUUCCAUCAUGGGCACCACAGGUUCAAAUCCUUAGUCACAGAUCAGUUGGUGGUUUCUUGAGUCACUGUGGCUGGAAUUCAACCCUUGAGAGUGUGGUGCAUGGUGUGCCACUAAUCACAUGGCCUCUUUUUGCCGAGCAGAGAACGAAUUCGGUUUUGUUGAGUGAGGGACUAAAAGUGGGACUGAGGCCAAGAGUUCAUGAAAAUGGCAUUGUGGAAAGGGUAGAGGUUGCUAAGGUGAUCAAGUGUCUCAUGGAAGGAGAAGAACUAAAGUGGAGUAAUAUGAAAGAACUAAAAGAAGCUGCUUCUAAUGCACUCAAAGAAGAUGGUUCUUCGACAAAGACUAUUUCUCAAUUAACACUCAAGUGGAGAAGCUUGGUGCAGGAAAACAAGUUUUAAGGAAUGAUUUUGAUAAGAUUUUUGCUUUAUAACCAUUCUAGUUUUUCUGUUUCUUCAUUGGAAUAAGAUAAUCGUUAUAAUUUUCCGUAUUAAGCUCAUAUUAUGAAGCAUGCUUAUAAGACUUUCUAUUUGACAGUUGAGUUGAGUUCUUGUGAUCUUUGUUACAUGCAUACGUUAUUGGUUUUGUAU